CUUACCGUAGGGCCUGCAAAUGGAGCGAUCGGAGAGCUCUUCGCGAAAAUCAAGUCUAUAAACGACAAGCAUGGCCCGUUCGACCUGGCUAUAUGCACUGGGGAUUUCUUUGGGCCCCCGAGACCUAAAGAACAAGCUGCAGAUUGGAAGUCCCCUCUGGAAUGCCUGGUUAUGCAGGGAGAACACGCAUUGCCAGAGCGUGUCAUUGAAAAGGUCCAAAAGAGCGGAGGCACAGUGACCAAGAACGUCUUCAUUCUGCAAAAGUACGGCGUCAUGACUACUGCGAACGGACUGCGAAUAGCGUGCCUUGGGGGAACUUAUGAUGCAUUGCAGUACGGCUCUACGGAGCUUCCGCAGGACUUUACAUGUCCUUACUUCACAAAGACAACGGUUGACAAACUGCUCACCAACACUAACAACGCCUCAUCCAAAACUCAAAACUAUAGUUCGGUCGGCGCGAUCAAAAGCUCGCAGCUCAUCGACAUCUUCGUCACCAACGUCUGGCCCUCCACUAUAACACGCUUCUCUUCUGUGCCACUGCCUUCUCCGGAGCUUGCUUCCAUUGGUGCGCCGCCGGUGGAUGAGAUAGUCCGCGCAACCAAACCUAGGUAUGUCUUCUCUGCAGGCGGAGGUCGACCGCCGAAGUUCUGGGAACGCGAGCCGUUCCUAUGGGAGGGCGAGGAAGGCAGGAGUACGCGUUUCAUAAGCUUAGGUGCAUUUGGCGCUGAAGCGGUGAACGGGAAGAAACAACGGUGGUUCUAUGCAUUCUCGAUUUCCCCGCCGUCUUCGGAAGGUCAGGCCCCGGCGAAGCCAGCCAAUACGACCGCAAAUCCCUUUGCCGAGGCCAGGCCUCCCAAGCGUCCCAUAGAUGAUUCGGAACCCGAGAACUUCAUUUGGGGCAAUAAACCCCGUCCCGGCUACAAAUGCCGGAAAUGCGACUCGACUGAGCAUUAUAUCCAAGAUUGCCCGGAGCGAGACAAGCCGCCAGAAGGUUACAUCUGCAAUCGGUGCAAAGAGCCUGGUCACUACGUCCGAGACUGUCCUACGAAACACCAACUUGGAGAUACUGGAGGGAGGAAACCCCGCGAAGGCUACGUUUGUAGAGCAUGCGCGAGUACGGAGCAUUACAUUGAUGACUGCCCUGUUGCCAAAGCCGGGCCAAAGGAGGUUUCUCGCAGAGGUAAGAAAGGCCCACCGAAGGAAAUUACUGCGGAUGAAUGUUGGUUCUGCCUUUCGAACCCAAAUGUUGCGAAACAUUUGAUUGUCUCUAUUGGCGCGGAAUGCUACGUUACCCUCCCAAAGGGCCAAAUAAUCCCCACUCAUACAGCCCAGAACUAUUCUAACGUGCCCAACAUACCUGGAGGAGGACACGUUCUAAUAAUUCCUAUCGCCCAUUAUCCAACCUUCAGCUCCAUCGCGCCUGAGCUCCGGGGGCCUGUACUCGCCGAGACAGAGAGAUACAAAUCAGCUCUUCGUUCGGUAUACUCCAAAUACGGAGCCGGUGCUGUCUUCGUAGAAAUAGCGCGGCUGGGUCCGAAGGGUGGCCAUGCGCAUAUCCAGGCGGUCCCAGUUCCUGUCAGCCUGCAAGAUGGUGUUGAGGAUGCCUUCAUCCGAGAAGGCAAAUCCCAGAAAAUCGAAUUUGAGAGCGAUCCUGAAGGUGCACUGAAGGCCAUCUCCGAGGACCAUAACCGGAGUUACUUCCGCGUGGACUUGCCAGAUGGCAGGAAGAUGGUCCACUUGAUACAGAACAAUAUUCCGUUCAGCAUCCAGUUCGGGAGACAAGUGCUUGUAAACUUGAUGGGCAUCCCGGAUCGUUACGAUUGGAAGACUUGCGCCCAGUCGGAGGAUGAAGACAAGUCAGACGCUGACGCUUUCAAGACUGCUUUCGCUGAAUUUGAUCCAACGCUUUGA